AACUUGAAAGCUUGUACUUUUCAGUAAAGCUGUGUAUAUCUAUCUGAAGUCAUGGCUCAAAUUUGUGUCCUUGAGGCAAGUGUGCAACUCAAAUCGUGUCCUCAAAAGUUCUUCAACUUCCUCAAGAGCCAAAGUCAACAUAUUCCAAAUAAAGCACAGAGUGAAAACGUGCAUGGUGUUGAGAUUCACAAAGGCGAUUGGAAAACUCCUGGCUCUGUCAAGAUUUGGAAAUAUAGCAUAGAAGGAAAGGAGGAGACCUUCAACGAAAGGAUUGAAGUGGAUGAAGUGAACAAGACUAUAACAUACGUUGCAGUGGGAGGGAAUGUGUUGGAGUUGUAUAAAAACUACAAGGCAAUAGUGAACGUUGAGAAUGGAAAUUUAAAGUUGAGAAUAGAAUACGAGAAGCUUAAUGAUAACACUCCACCUCCAAAGAAAUACCAGCAGUUUAUUGUUAAUAUUGUUAGAGACCUUGAUGGGAACUUAGUUAAAGGUUAACAAUAUAUUCAUCAUUUACUCAAAAAAUAAAAGUGAACUAUAUCUAUCUAUCUAUCUAUCAUGUGUAUGUGUGUAUGUUUUCCCUAUAAAAAAAGUGUGUGUGUUUUUCACACGGUUUUUUAAGUGGGUCAACCAACCAGUAGAAAUUGGACAACGAUUAUUUUGUGGAAACUCACAUUAAAAUCAUGAAAAUAACUCAAUAAUGAAGGUGUAUAAGAGGAGUGCGUAAAAUAAGAAUUUGAAUUAUAUAUAUACAUCGUGUGUCUGUUUAAUUUGA